AUGGCAAAGGAUCAAAAGACAUCGCCAUAUUUCACACGGAAACGUCCCGAUAUAACAUCGUGUCUUCCCUUUCCCCCGACUUCGGCCGUCUCGUUUGGGUUGAUCCAAGAGAAACUAGCCCACGAGCCCUUUCGUCUUCUCAUUGCUACUAUAUUCUUGAACCGAACCAAGGGAGAAGUUGCGAUUCCUGUGCUAUACAGCGUUUUUGAACAAUAUCCAACCAUUGAAUCUUUGGCCGAAGCGGACUUUGAUGAACUGGUCUCCUUGAUCCGCCGCCUGGGGUUUCAGAACUCACGAGCUAAAAAAUGCAUUGCGAUUGCUAAGUCAUGGGUAGCAAAUGCCCCUAAACGCGGGGAACGAUAUCGAAAACUACACUAUCCAAAUAAAUCUGAUGGUUUAGGCGUUGGGUGUAAUGAGGUCGUGGUAGACGACGACAGUCGUGUUGCUUGGGAGAUUGCUCACCUCCCUGGUGUUGGGCCGUACGCAAUAGACAGCUGGAGGAUCUUUUGUCGGGACGAAUUACGCGGCUUGGCUUCGGAUUGGAAUGGAGCAGACGCACCAGAAGGGUUUUCACCGGAAUGGAAAUCAGUCCGUCCAAAGGAUAAAGAGCUAUGUGCCUUUUUGACAUGGAUGUGGCUCAAAGACGGCUGGAUUUGGGACCCACAGACAGGCGAAAAAGUUGCAGCCACUAGGCGAAUCUACCGAGCGGUUCAAGACGGUGGUUUAGUUCUCCAAAAAUCCAAUGGGAAGUGGUGUUUAGACCUAACCGCUAUUGGGGAGACCUCACUCUCUAUUGAGGUCGGGGCCGCGAAGUUCGUCAAUACUAUUUAA